GCCGCCGCCGCCGCCGCGUCGGUCCGUCCGGUCUGCCAGUCUCGCGUGCGACACCCGGCCGAGCUCAGUCCAAACCCAUGUGCGUGGUCGCGCGCGCCCCUACAGUGUACUGCAUGUGGACGACUCAUGUACUUAAAGAUACUAUUCCUCUGGGCACUGCCGUUGGAGCUCAAUGGUUACGGGUAUGACGGUUACAGUACGUGCACGAAACCGUACCGAAAUGCAAAAGCAAAAUUUCCAGAUCUACCGUGCGAUUUCAACUCUCAAUCAUGGUGCAUGGUACCCGGAUCGACGUACCCGUGGCACGCGGUCCGACGGUUCGUGUUCGAGAAUCACGGUCUGAUGAAACGCAUGUACGGCGAACAACGACACAUGUCGGUGUUGCGCGCCGAAAUGGACACCAACGACAUCGAAGGAGGCGUCUGGAACCGGCGCAGAGAGGAGUCGUCGUUGAACCGUUACGACCUGCAACCGUCACCGCCGGCGCCGACAACCACCACGAUAUCCAGCAGCACCCCUACCACCAGCACCACGACCAACACCACCACUACCGUCCAGCCGCCGACCAACACCACCCUGCCCGAGACCGUGUUCACCACGACCGUCGAGGACGGAGAAGAAGACGGCACGGACGACGCUACGGAUGACGAUCCGCUUGAAACCACAACGGAAGCGAUAUCGUCGACCCAGCGCACCGACCAGGUGGAGCAACCGGGAUUCUUCAAGGAAUCGUCGGCCACCACGGAAAACCCUCAGAAAUCAAAAGGCAUCAACGCUUGUCCGGUCAAGGAAGAAGUGGUCGCGCCGUUUUGGGCGAAUAACACCCGGGGCGAAGUGCUAGCGCUGCUCAACCUCUACCCGUUCGAGCAGUACGUCCACUGGGAACGAUGCACGUUCGAGAACAAGCAGAUGUUCUGCCGACAGGGCUGCCGGUGCGAACAGCAGUACCGCCUGCACAGGCUGCUCGCCUACGACCCGUCCAACGACUGCCGCGGCAUAUUCUCCGACUGGUUCAAAUUCCCGUCGUGUUGCGUGUGCCGCUGCUACGAUCUGCCCAACGACCUGCGGAUCACGUCGCGCAGUCCACGAGCCGACAGUGGUGUUGGCGGUGGUGGCGGCAGCAGCAGCAGCAGCAACGACCUCGACUCGUGGUUCCAAAAUCCGUUGAACUCUUAACUUUUACUUUUCUUUAAAGCUUUUCUGUUAUUAUUACUAUUAUUAUUAUUAUUAUUAUUAUUAUUUUUUUCAAACAUUUUUUCUGUUUCGAAACGAACACCUGUCAAGUGUGUUCGCGCGUCGAUCUAGAAGUUUUCGGCUUAUAAUUGUCCGUCUCUGUCCCUCGUUUGAAAUGUUUAUCAAAUCUAUUGUACAUAAAUAUAUAUUGUAGUGUAAAUAUUAUAUUAUUAUUUAUUAUAGCGUA